AUGGCUGCUCUCUCAGCCUGGUUCUGGAACGAAAGAUUCUGGCUUCCUCACAAUGUUACUUGGGCGGACCUGAAGGACCCAGCACCCGGAGUGGAGUAUCCCAAACUCGGACACUUGCUUUCAGCCUUACCCCUGGCCCUCGGGAUAUUUGUUGUUAGGAUACUUUUCGAGAGGUUUAUAGCAGGUCCGUGUGCCUCUUUCCUGCACAUCCAGGCAGAGGUGAGCCGAAGAGCCACGCCAAACGCUGUCUUGGAGAAAGUGUUUACAUCCAUCACAAAGUCCCCAGACUCUCGACAUCUAGAUGGCUUGUCGAAGCAGUUGGACUGGGAAGUGCGUAAAGUGCAGCGCUGGUUCAGACACAGACGGAACCAGGACAAGCCCAGCACACGCACCAAGUUCUGUGAGAGCAUGUGGAGGUUUACGUUUUAUCUGUGUAUAUUUACCUAUGGGAUACACUUCCUGAGUCAGUCUCAUUGGAUGUGGGACACUAGACAAUGCUGGUACAAUUACCCCUAUCAGGUCCUGACUCCUGGCCUGUAUCACUACUACGUGACAGAGCUGGCCUUCUACUGGUCUCUGAUGUUCUCCCAGUUCAUAGACAUCAAAAGGAAGGAUUUCCUCAUCAUGUUCAUUCACCACCUGGCCACAGUGAGUCUGAUCAGCUUCUCAUUCGUCACUAACAUGGCACGGGUGGGCAGCCUGGUCUUAUGUCUGCACGACGCCUCAGACUUCCUACUGGAGGCAGCCAAGCUUGCCAACUACGCCAAAUACCAGCGUCUGUGUGACUUCCUGUUUGUCGUAUUUGGUGUGGUCUUCUUUGGGACACGGCUCAUCAUUUAUCCUUUCUGGAUCCUAAACACGACGAUGUUUGAGAGCUGGAACAUUAUAGGACCUUUCCCCUCUUGGUGGGUGUUCAACACUUUAUUGCUGGUGCUGCAGGUUCUACACAUCAUCUGGUCCUACCUCAUAGCCCGCAUUGCCCUUAAAGCCAUCAUGCGUGGGAAGGUAUGUCCUGAUGUCCGUAGUGAUGUAGAGAGCAGUUCAGAGGAAGAAAGUGAAACAACCAAAGAGCACAUCAAGAUGUCCUCACAUAGUCACGCAGCAUCUCCUAAGGGGGAAAAUGGCACCAACGGCCAUUUUGGCUCCAAAUCUUGGGGGCAGAAUCACAACAGCUGGUGACACACAACAAUGCACCAUUAAAAGACUGUCACCCUCUUGCAACAUUUUACAAGGCUUUUCUUUACCCUUGUGUUGUAUUUCCCAUCCAAACCAAAGAGAGAAAAAUCUCCUGGAAUGUCUGAGACUGUAGGCUGACACCUGAUCUUUAUCAUUAUAUGUUCUGAGG